AAGGCGGAGAGCGCGGGUGAUUCGGAGUUUGGGAGGCGAGGAGGGCGGAGUUCAGGCACCGGCGGGGGAAUCAUGUCUGUCCCGGCGGCUGAGUCUCCGUGGCCUCAGCCUCUCCAGGCGCUGAAAGAAGUGGAUAACUUGUUGCGUUGUGGAAUAUGCUUUGACUACUUCAAUAUUGCAAUGAUCAUUCCUCAGUGUUCACAUAAUUAUUGUUCUCUCUGCAUUCGCAAGUCCCUGUCCUACAAAACUCAAUGCCCUACAUGUUGUGUGGCAGCUACAGAACCUGACCUGAAAAAUAACCGGAUAUUAGAUGAACUGGUAAAAACCUUCGAUUAUGCAAGACAGCGGCUGUUCCAGGCAGUCUUAGAUCCUACAGCACUUUCUUCUCCAAAGCUGCUUACCAAGAAGGCUUCUGACCAAGUCCAUAUUUUGAGUUCCUUGGAUGGUCUUGUUUUAAAACAUGAACAGCAAUCUGCUGAUACCUUUAUAGUCAAAGAGACCAUUCCAGCCCGUAGAAGGCACUUAAACCCAUCUGAAAAGGAAAGUAAACAGAUCAAAAUGGAGCAGGAGGCGAUCCCAUGUGGCUCUCAAGAGGACCAAGAGACUCUUCACACAGAAGCAGCAGGCACCAGAAACCCUGAAACUCCUUCCACAUCUGCAAUAAAAGUUAUCCCAAAGGUGGAGUGCCCUGUUUGCGGGGUUCCUGUUCAAGAACUUCAUAUAAAUAAACACCUUGAUGGCUGCUUGAGAAGAGAUGAGAAGAAAGACAGUCUCCGAAGCUCUGGACAAAAAAGAAAGCUACUGUCUAAAGUGGUGUACAGUUUACUGUCCGAUCGCGAUCUGAGAAGAAGGCUGAAAGAACUUGGACUGUCCACUCAGGGAACGAAACAACAGCUUAUUAAAAGGCACCAGGAGUUUGUGCACAUGUAUAAUUCAGAGUGUGAUUCUUUAAAUCCCAAAUCAGUUGCUGAAAUUGUAGGAGAGCUGGAAAAAAAUGAGAAGACUCGAACACAACUGGAAUCCAGUAAACCUAGAAGAGGCAGUAUGACAUUUACCAAAAAACAGACAGAGAAAGAAAUAGAUGAAAUUCACAGAGAUUAUCGAAAAAAACAUAAGGCUGAAUUUCAGGCUUUAAUUGACCAAGUGAACAAGAGAAAGAAAAAUGCAAGUAAAAUAAAGGAAGAAGGACCAGAGCAGGAAGAGGCAACUGCUCAAGAACUACCUAUGGAGACUGGAGAAAAACUGAGUGUCGAAGAACAAACAGACUUGGUCCCCCAUACAGAUCCCUCUUUCAAAAUAGAUGCUCUCGAUUGUGGAGGAAGCCAGCCUCCUGAUUACUCUGAAGUCAGAGGAUUGUCUCCUACUUCCUCCCAUCAGUUCUCUGAAUCUUCAAGCAGCUCAAGUUCAGACAUCAUAAGGGAUCUGGAGAUUGCUGGGAGAUGUUCUGAUUCAUCAGAGAACAACAGUUUCCCAGAUAAGAAAAUGACCAAGCAAAAAUCAGAACAGUCUAGAAGCAGCUUGUUACUUCCUAAGCAUAAGCGAAGAAAAGAAUAGCAAAGUUCCUGGAUACUACCUUGCAUUAAGAAUACUUCCAAAAUAUAACAUACUUGUAUAGGUAAUCUUAUCUGUCCUGCUUUUCAUAUACCUGCAUCAUUUGCCACCCAUCACCCCUUUGCUCCAUAAUACCUGGGACUCACUUUCCCACCCACAUCUUCAACCUGCUUAGGCCUGGUAUGAGCAAUUGCACUAAAGAAAAUCUUGGGGAUAGUUUGCAAAGUUACAACAAAGUGAUGGAUCUGCCACUGCCUGAUUUAUCAGCCAUAUGAUUCCAGUCAAAUUUCUUUACUGAUGAGAUCUCUUAGAGAUUUGGCUUAACCAAACCUCAUUUUUUGAAAAAAGAAUACAGACGUUUUGCCAACUUUUGUGGCGGUUUUAAUAUGCAUAAAACAUGAUUGUUGUGGAAAAAAUAACAUUAGAAAACCUCAUACAGUAUAAUAUUAUUAUUAUUAUUUACAAGAGGCCGUUUAUUUGGCAUUCUGUAGCACUAGAGCACUUAAUGCUAGCUUGCUUCUGAGAUGUACUACAAACUAAUAAAAUGUAAAACGAAAAACCA